AUGACGUCCAUCGCACGUCGCAUCGUGAGCGGCCAAAAGGCCCGCUUCAAGGAUCCCACUCUCGACCUCGAUCUGGACCUCACCUAUGUCACCGACCACCUCAUCAUCAUGGGCUUCCCAGCCUCGGGCGUUGCAUCGCUCUACCGCAACAAGCGCUCCGACGUGCGUCGCUUCCUCGACAAGCGCCACGAUGAUCUCUAUCGCGUGUACAACUUUUGUCCCGUCAUAGAGAACUCUUACGACGCUGACGAAUUCUACGGACGUGUCUCCCGCUUUCCGUUCCCGGACCACCAUGUUCCGCCGCUAAGCCUCAUCCCUCUCUUUGUGGCCGACAUCACCGAGUACCUUGAAUCCGAUCCGGACGCAACCGCUGUCAUUCACUGCAAAGCGGGCAAGGGAAGGUCGGGAACCAUGACUUGCUGCUAUCUCGUAUCCCUGCCCUACCUCCCCACUGCGCCGACCAGCAUCAAGAACUACAGCAAGAUGCAGCGUCCGCCACAGCAGACUGUUUCACCGCCUCCUCUGCCCACCAUCGCCUCGGCCGACGGACGGCAAAUGACAGUCGACGGGCAGAAUGCAGCUCAGCCGCAAGCAGCAACACUCAUGCCACCGCCUCAGGCACGAAGCAGCAUGACACUUCAGAUUCCUCGAUCAGCAGCAUGGGCCGACCCGUGCUCAUCCGACACGGCAUACACUGCGCCCGCUGCUGCCGGCUCUCUUCGUCGCAGGCCUUCGCUGGCCCCGGAGCAGAGCAUCAUUCGCAACGACGACCAAAACCCGGAAGCAGAGGUCGAGCAAAUCUCUCAGCGACUCCAGACCAUCUUUGACCUGCACACGGAACGUCGUAUGAAGCCCCCGUCUACAAAGAAGGGCUCGAGACGUUCGCGGUCUCGAUCCCAGGCUGCGGGUCUUCGUCCGUCAGCGCAUUCUACCGGAGCGAUGAACUCUGCUGCGGUAUCCACCGUGUCGCUGCGUGCGCUGGGUGCCGGACCGGCGGGACGAAGCUGCGAUGCUCUGCACAUGUCGUCGAGCGGCAACGACUUGAGUGCGAACUACCAUUCGCGCUUUGCUACGCACAGCAGAGCCAGCACAAGCAUGUCGCAGCAUUUCGACGACAGUCUGGCCAACAGCCAGGUUCGAGAGAGCACUGACUUGGGCACUUCGAUCGUAGACAACUACAGUAACGCUCGCGGCGUUCACAGUCACGAUUUCGACGAUGCAAGCUCGCUCGCCGUCAACCAGAACACCGAGGACCACGGCAGUACCAAGCAGCCCAAGAUGGGCGUUUCGAUCCCAAGUCAGCGCAGGUGGGUGGGCUACUGGACACGGAUGCUCUCUGGACGGGACGCACGUCUCCCGAUGAUAUCCACCGUCCAACAGCCGAGACGUCUCAUCCGCAUCACGAAAAUUUCGGUCGAGCGUCGCGAUGCGACCUCUUCGUCCGGCGCGCAAGGCUGGCUCGAACGUCUUGUGCCGCACUCUGACGCGCUGAGCGUACAGCUCGUUCGGUACGAAGACUCGCUCGUGGACCGCCUGGAGUCGUGGGAGAGGCACGCGCGACGUCGAGCAAGAGCGUUCGGACAGCACGACCCUUCGGGCCUCGCCGGGGACCUCAACGCUGAAGAGGAGCAGCAAAAGCAGUACCUCAAGACGCUCCGUCGCAAGGCUUCGGACCUGCAGUGCUGGGAUGGGAACAAGUUUGGCGAGCAGCACGAGGGCAAGAUCGGCAACUGGGGGAUCUGCGUCAAGGCCGAAGCGGAUCGAGCACGGGCAUUCGACUGGAAGGACGAUGAGCCGCAGUUGGACUACUUUGCCUUGAUGUCGCAGAGCCAGCCCCGCGUAGCGAUCGAGACUCCGAUGACCGGACAAUCGAAGGCGAAGAAAGGGGACAGAUUGUGGAAGUACACUUUCGAGCCACAGCAAGAGCCGAGCAAGGAACGACAGUCGUCGACAUCCAGCUCGGAUUCAGGCUACUAUUCUUCGAUUCAGCCCUCGGAAGACUCCGGUGCCAGCCACCUCGCACCGCUCUCGGAUGCCUCCGCUGAAGCACCUUCCCGCUCCUCCCCCACCUCCAAACCCGACCAAGAAGUCACCCCACCCUCAUCCACCUCCUACCUUCCCAACACCACCACCUCUGGCAUCUCCGUCGGCCAAAUCGUAGAUGCGGACCGCGAAGUUUGCGUCAAAGUACUCGUGGGUAGAACAGGAUCGAAACACGCCAAGUUGCCGGACAUUGCUUCGGCAGGAUGGUGCUGGUUCAUCCCAUCGUUCGAGGAUCCGGAUGCGGGAGGCGCGGGUGUGGCGAGGGUGGGUGCGAAGACGCAGAUCAGAUUCGAGAAGCACGAGAUAGAUUUCAGGAAGCAGCCCUUGGGGUUGGUGGCGAUCGAGGUCGAAUGGGAGUGGGUGAGCGUCGGGGUGGAGGAGCACGAGGAGAGGUAG